CCCAGCGCCACCGCAGAGGGGUCAGUGGCGGCGCGGGCUGCAGGGUCAGAAGUCGUCAUGCUGCGGGCGACGUGGUGCGCUCUGAGCUCCCUUCGUGCCCAGGCAGUGACACAGUCUCCAGUGUCUGCGCUGCGGAUCGGAGGAAGCGCCAGUCUGCCCUCAGCACGCUGCGGCCUGCAGCCUCCGAGUCUCCUGCAUGCCGCCCGUGCAUACGCUAUUCGGAAACCAGUCCAACCCAACCAAGAUGAUGAGCCACCCCCUUCCACAUUCAUCAAAGAAUACAAGAAUAUCAUCCCCAGCAUGCAGAAGGUUGAUGAUGUUGUGAAAAGAAUCUUGUCUUUGGAAAUGGCUGACCAGAAAGAGAAGCUAAAAAUCAAGCAAGAACAAUUGCUGAGCAAGAUUACAGAAAACCCUGAGGAUUCAAGAACCUUGGAGGCUCAAAUUGUUGCCUUGACUGUCAGGAUCCGCAAUUAUGAAGAACAUAUGCAGAAACAUCGAAAGGACAAAGCCCACAAACGCCAUCUGCUGAUGAGCAUUGACCGGAGGAAUAAGAUGCUCAAAUUCCUCCGUCAGACCAACUAUGAUGUCUUUGAAAAGACGUGCAAGGAGCUGGGGGUGGAAUAUACCUUACCCCCUCUGCAUUUCCAAAAGGUCCACCGCCGCUUCCUGGCCAAGAAGGCUCUGUGCAUUCGGGUUUUCCAGGAGGUGCAAAAGCUGAAGAAGCAAAAAAGGGACUUAAAAGCUGCUGCAACAGCUGCCAAAAAACAAAAUAACCAGGGGGUGCCAGAGAACCCUUCCCAAACCCUACCAGAAACGACCAAAGAAAACUAAUAAAGUCUGUUCUGCCUUGAAGAAUGA